AUGAAUAUAGAAGAUCUGAAUCGAGAAAUUGAAAAUUUGAGCGAUAAUGAAAUUAUCGAGCCGAUUCCUUCGGGAUCCGAAUCGGAAACCGAUAUCUCGGAUAGAGAAGAGCUUACAAUAGAUGGAAAUUUAAAUCCUGAAAUUGUAAUGUCCGAAGAUGAAGCUGAUGAGUCCGAAUCAGAUAUACCUUUAGCCCAUAUCAAAAAUUUACUACUCCAGCCUGCAGCAAAUAAAGACUACAGCCCACCAACAUGGGGAACUACGCAUAAACCAGAGACACCUUCAGAUUUCAUACACUCAACUGGCCCUUCUUCAUUUAUAAGGAGUUUGGAGAAUAUUAGUCCGCUCAAAAUUUUCCAACAGUUUAUAACUGAAGACUUUAUUCAACAUUUGGUUUUUCAAACAAACCUAUACGCAGAGCAAGAAAAAAUAGCUACUGGAAAAAAUUAUAUUUCAACAACAAUGAUCGAAAUAAAGACUUUUUUGGGUAUCAAUUUGCUAAUGGGCAUAAAGCGUUCGCCCAGCUAUAAGGAUUAUUGGUCCAGUGCACCUGAUCUCAAUGACCCUUUCAUUUCUCGUCUAAUAGCUCUAAAACGAUUCAGUUGGCUAUUAUCACAUUUGCAUGUAAAUGAUAACUCUGUAAUGCCUGGACGAUCAUCUCCCAAUUUUGACAAACUUUACAAACUGCGUCCAAUGAUUGAUUUACUAUCAACGAAUUUUGAGAAACAUUUCUUUCCAAAUCAACAUAUAGCAGCCGAUGAAUCAAUGAUAAAAUUUAAAGGUCGUAGUUCUUUGAAACAAUUUAUGCCAAAAAAACCAAUCAAAAGAGGUUAUAAAAUGUGGAUGCUUGCAGAUAAAACUGGCUACUGUUUGAAAUUUGAUUUAUAUACAGGAAAAACUGAUUCCCAAGAGAAGAGUCUUAGUUCUCGCGUUAUCAAACAACUUACCUCUCAUUUGCAAGGCAAGAAUCAUCUUUUAUAUUUUGAUAACUUUUUUAAUAGCGUGCCACUAUUAGAGGAACUAAAAAAACAACGCAUUCAUGCUGUGGGCACAGUGAAUAUUUCUCGCCGAUAUCUGCCUAAGUUGAAGGAAGACAAGAAAAUAAAUCGUGGCGAAUUCGAGUGGUAUACAAGCAACACAAGUCUUGCAGCCAUAAAAUGGAAAGAUAAAAGGUCUGUACACAUUCUGUCAAAUUUCCAUGAUCCUGAAAAUAUCAGUGAGGUGGGUCGGCAAGAAAAGAAUGGUAACAUUACGCAGGUCCCAUGCCCAGAAGCAGUUAUCGACUAUAAUAGGAACAUGAAUUUUGUUGAUAAAUUUGAUCAAUUAUCGAGUUAUAAAAUUGAUCGACGAAGCAAGAAAUGGUGGCAUAGAAUUUUUUUUUAUUUACUGGAUGCUGCAGUAAUAAAUGCAUAUUGCAUUUAUAAAUCAUUAGAUGUGCCUGAACUGUCCUCAAAAGACUUUAGACGAGCUUUAGUCAAUGGACUACUAGCAGAACAAAUUGUCGCUUCUAGCGCCAACAAGCGAAGAUCCAACGAUACCCCAAUGGCACGGAUUGAAGUGAAAAAAUGUAAACCAUUUAUUCCUCCAGAAGUCAGACAAAAUUCGUCUGCACAUCAACCAGAACGCAGCACCAGAAGAAGAUGUGCUUUGUGCAGCACAAGCGCCAAACAAGUGCGAACUGAUUGGAUUUGUUCUGUUUGUAAGGUACCUUUAUGUUUAUCAAAACAAAAAAGUUGCUUUCAAAGCUAUCACAAAUCGCAAUAA